AUGCGUUCGGGUAGGAGCUGUGUGCUUGGAUUCCUUCUCGCCGUCUCCAGUCAAAUCCUGUUGUGCACAGGGGCAGCGCCAGUGGAAUUAUACAUAGAUGCAGGCAACACAGACCCAUCCAAUUUCACGGACACUUUAGGCCACACCUGGUUGCCAGACCAAAGAUAUACAGGUGGGGGCACCGAAGGGUUUCAAGACCCAAUUACGGGCGCAGCAGACGGCACAGGCGCCAUCUACCAGACGAACCGGCUGGGAGGCGGAUUUGAAUACGAAUUCGGCCCCACCGAGGGCCUCGCGGCAGGCCACAAUUACACGGUCACGCUGCUGUUCUGCGAGCUGUACUUUGACAGCCCCGGCCAGCGGCUCUUCUCAGUGACUGCCAACCGGAAUAAAUCGCUAUUGACCAAUUUGGACAUCUACUAUGCUGCAGGCGCGUACCCUUGCGCCACUUCCUGGUGCGGCAAGGACGUGCCGCUUUGGGAAACAUUCCAGAUAGCAGCUGACGCAGCCGGCGCCCUCUCGUUGCAGUUUACAGCCACGGUCAACAACGCCGUCCUGGCCGGAAUCCACAUCAGCAGCGGCGCGGCCAUGGGGGCGUCCCCUCCUCCUGCCAAGCCAGCGCUCCCCCCGGCUAUGGCCUCGGGGGCCCCCGCCCUGGGGGAUCCCCGGCCAGCGGAGCCGCCCGGGUCCGCGGCGUUCUCUCCGCAGCCUGCGGCCGCGCCUGGGGGUCCGCCCCCCGCCGUGGGCCCCCCUCCCAGCCAUGCGGCACCGCCGCAAGGUCAACUGGCCGGAAUCGUUUUGGGAAUGUUCUUCGGGCUGCUCAUGAUCCUGCUCAUUGUCACUGCCGUCCUGGCUCUGCUAUCCCUGAGAUACCUGCGCAAGAAGUUUGGAGCAAAGCCUGGCGGAGCAGUCCAAAUUGAUGCGCAGGCCUAG